AUGUCUUCAGCAGCUUUGCCCAAGAUCGCAAUCGUCGGUGCCGGCCUGUCAGGCCUCGCCCUUGCACUUGCGCUUCACAGAAACGGACUCACUAAUAUAACUAUCUACGAAUCGCGUCCUGCAACUCUCGACAUUGGCGGCGCAAUCAUGCUUUCACCGAAUGCUCUCAAGAUACUUGACGCAAUUGGUGCCUACUCUCGUCUGCAGCCACGAAGCUAUGCAUUUGACACCCUCUAUUUCCGCAAGUCCGACGAAGCUAUAACUCUAGUUGACACCUUUGAGUUCGGCUCAGCCGAAAAAUACGGCUACCCAGCAUUGAGAGUAUAUCGCCAUGAAUUGAUUGACGUUCUCCAUGAGCUGAUACGGGAGAAAGACGGGAUCUCCAUCGAGUAUGGCAAGAAGUUUAGCCGAGUAUUGUCGGAGACGAAAGAGCAAGUAACAUGGGCCUUUGCCGACGAGUCUCAAGCUUCAGCCUCCUUCCUCAUCGGAGCUGAUGGGAUUCACUCUCAGGUCCGCAAGUACCUGCAUCCCGACAUCGAACCUCGUUUCACUAAGGGCAUUGGAGUGACUGCUGCCGUGCCAACGGCACAGCUACAGCUUCCUUCCGACUUCGACACGCCAGUGACACUGAUGAAUAGCAAAUACGGCGCAUUUGUCAUUGCCAAACAACUCCGUGAUGGCAGUGAAGUCCUUAUUGGCAAGCAGCGGCGAUUCACCGAGGACCUUAACAAAGAGGGCUGGGCAGACAUGCUGAGAAACAAGCAAUGGUGCAUUGAUUUUCUUCGCGAGGGUGCUUCCGAGUUUCCACCCUUGGUUGCUAAUGCCGUCAGCAAUAUCCCUGAGAAUAAGAUCAAUCUUUGGCCAUUUUAUGUUGUGCCAAAACUGGAUUCAUGGGUGUCAGCCGUCGGAAAGGUUGUGAUUCUAGGCGACGCGGCACACGCAAUUCCGCCCACUGCUGGACAAGGAGUGAACCAGGCAUUUGAAGAUAUUUACACUUUUGCCGGCGUCAUGGGCGCACUUCAAAGACGCAGUGCAGCACAGGAUGACGCAGACAGAAGCAGUAUUGUAUUGAAGAGGUGGCAGACAGGCAGACAGCAGAGGGUUGAUAAGAUUUUGGAACUCAACGCCAUGAUUGACAAAAGGAGACUGCCUGGUCAGGAUAGUAUCACUAAUGAGAAAGAUGAAUUUCAGUUGGGAUGGUUAUAUAAUCUCGAUUUUGAACAGACGAUUGCUGAUUGGGUAGCUUAA